AUGCAAAAUUCUGUCUUGUGCGGUACGUUCGGCUGCACGCUCCCAAACAACCACAAGGGCCUCCACCUCAUACCCGCCGUUAACAGCGUCCGCCAGCGCCAGCGGCCUGCCGAGAUCUACUCCGUGGAGCCGCAGGCGGGGGCCAAGUCGCAGGUCGGCGCGUCGCCCGCCGGAAGUGGCAACGCAUCGCGGGACAAGUCGCCGGUCAGCAGCCGCAGCGGCAUGCCGCCGCCACCCAUCCACGAGGCCAACGGGCGCAAGAUCAUCACAUGUGUGGGGUGCGGCGUCGAGCGCUCGCGCAGCAUCCCCGGGAGCAAGCCCGCCGUCUGGCUCUGCGGAGGCGACCGGUGCGCGGGGGAAGGCCCUAUCGAGAGCAGCCUGCCGCAGCCUGCCCAGGACCCGUCCGGCGGCGGCGGCGCUCCGGCUGGCAGCAGCGGCGAUCGGCCGCAGUGGCAGUGCGUCUACUGCGGCCGCAUGCUCAUCAACGCGGGCGCAAAGUCGAACCACGAGCGCUGGUGCAAGCAGCAGCAGGAAAGGAUGGCGCUGGAGCUGGCGUCCGCUCCCAGCACUCCGCCGCCAGAGCCGGACGCCCCUGAGGACGCGGAGAGCCGCUGGCAGUGCGUCUACUGCGGCCGCGCGCUGUGCAACGCGGGCGCAAAGUCGAACCACGAGCGCUGGUGCAAGCAGCAGCAGGAGAAGCAGGCGCUCGAGGAAGAGGCGGCGGAGGCGGCGGCAGCGCGCAGCUCGCCGUUGCCAGAGCCGGACGCCCCUGAAGAAGACGCGGCGAGCCGCUGGCAGUGCGUCUACUGCGGCCGCAUGCUGUGCAACGCGGGCGCAAAGUCGAACCACGAGCGCUGGUGCAAGCAGCAGCAGCACCAGCCGGCGCCCGAAGCGGGGCAACCUUCAGAGGCGGCGGAGGCGGAGGCUGCAGUCGCUCCGGAUGAGAGCGGCCGCGCGCUCUGGCAGUGCGUCUACUGCGGCCGGGUGCUCACCAACGCGGGCGCAAAGUCGAACCACGAGCGCUGGUGCCGCAAGGUGCAUCUGACGGAGGCGGAGGAGGCGGCGCCGGUGGCAGCGCACGCGCCGGCGACGCCGGAGCCCGUCCUUUGCCAAAAGCGGCCCGACUGCGAGGCCGGUCGCUCGGUCGCCGCCACUUCGGACGAAGACAUCGACCGCCUGAGCAGCCCCGUCUGUCCGAUUGCGGAGCAGGAGCCGGUGGCGAGGGAGCCGCGCGUGCUCGCGGAGCGGGUGGCGGCCGGACGGCAGCAGUACCUCGUCCAGGCCGCCGGGCAGGGCCGUUCGCAGGCGGAGUGGGCUGCCCAUGCCUCGCACGUUUCGUGGGCGGCGUUCGUGGUGGAAAGGGAGGAGGAGGUGCAGCCCAUGCAGCUCACCGACUCGCUCGGAAACAAGCUGUGCGGCACGUUUGGUUGCAUCCUGCCAAAUAACCACAAGGGGCUCCACCAGGCCGGGGCCGGAGGGUCGACGGAGGUGGCUGUGCACGACGCGGCCCCGCCGCCGUUCGCGCUGCCCGAGGUGGCGCUCUCUAUCCAGGGCGGCGACGAGUCGGAGACCGGAAGCGACGGCGGCGGCGAGGCGGGAGGGCGGUGGGGCGGCUCGGUGCUGCCGGCGGGGGCUCCUCUCCCGCGGAAUGGCCAAACGUGCGGCGAGGACCUCGUGUACGCGCGCGGCUCGUCCCUCCAGCGAGUCCCCUAA